AAUCUAUUCAUUUGAAUCAGUACAAAAACUUUUCUGAAUGGCACCUAAGACGAGCAGCAGUAGUAGCUCCAAGUCGAGCAGCAGCACUGCCAAAAAAAGUGACGAUUCAGCCACCAAAAAGGUGAAGAUUCCAAAGUCAUUCAUCGCUAGGCCAUCGCCUUAUUCCCAUAAAGGAUGUAAUAAAGUGUAUUUGGAUAGCGGUGUUUUGGAAGCCAUGGAGCUCAAGAGUGGGGCUUUUGUGCGUGUUUUCAAUGCUGAUACCGCCGGGGCCGCUGUUUUGGCCACCGUCCAUCCAGAUUCAGAGGCAUCUGAGUUUGAGUGUCCCGAUAAGAAUGUAGCACUUCUCACUCAACCAUUACGUCAAUUGGGUGGUCUUCUUUUAGGAGACAGAUUAGAAAUCACCAAGCAUUCCAAACAACCAGAAUAUGCCAACUCACUCACAAUUUCUGUAGACGGAGAUCUUGAAGAUAAGAAGGUUUGUUCAUCCAUUGAAAAGGCAUUGGAUUCGGUGGGCAUUGUCUCUCCAGGAUUGGUUAUCCCACAAGUACUUCUUCCAGCAUUGGUGGAAGGUGAAGAUAAAAUCCCUCGUACAGUGACCAUUGUAGAUGUGAAUGCAGAGGAUGAAGACGAAGAGUUGCUGGAUAAAUUCCAACACAUGUCGUUGGAAAGUAAUGGGGACGAUGUUCAUGACUCCACUUUUGUAUCUCCACAGUAUAUUUUCAGGAAAGGUGCCACUAAAUUGAUUCAAACAAAGGAAACAUCUGCAUCCCGAUCCAAAUAUCCACAUCUCCCAUCUCUUAAUGCAUAUCUGUCUAUUGGAGGACUUUCUAAGCAAAUCUCUGGGUUGAGAUCAACCAUUGAACUCCCACUUCAUAACCCAACCCUUUUCUCGGACUUUGGUAUUUCUCCACCACGUGGGAUUCUCUUACAUGGUCCACCAGGUACUGGUAAGACAAUGUUACUUCGUUGCAUUGCAAACUCUACCAAUGCACAUGUACUUUCAGUGAAUGGUCCAUCGAUUGUUUCCAAGUACCUUGGAGAGACAGAGAAUGCCAUUAGAGACAUUUUCCAAGAAGCUAAGAAAUACCAACCAUCUAUAAUCUUCAUGGAUGAAAUUGACUCUUUAGCUCCGAACAGGAACUCCGAUGAUAGUGGGGAGACGGAAUCGAGAGUGGUGGCCACUCUUUUGACCAUGAUGGAUGGAAUGGGUGAUUCUGGUAGAAUCGUGGUUAUUGGAGCCACCAACAGACCUAAUACCAUUGACCCUGCACUCCGUAGACCCGGUAGAUUUGACCAAGAAGUGGAAAUCGGUAUUCCAGACGUUGAGGCUAGAUAUGACAUUUUAUGCAAACAAUUUGAGAAAAUGAAUAAGGCCAAGUAUGAAGUAUCACCAGAAGAACUUUCUGACAUUUCUAGUAAAACUCAUGGAUAUGUAGGGGCUGACCUUACCGCGUUAUGUCGUGAAUCCGUGAUGAAGGCCAUCACCAGAGGCUUACGUGAGGGUAAACCACAACGUGAGAUUAAAGUUUCUGUGGAAGACUUGGAAGAAGCACUUCCCGAAAUUACUCCAUCUGCCAUGAGAGAAAUAUUUCUAGAAAUGCCUAAAGUGUACUGGACUGAUAUUGGAGGGCAACAUGAAUUGAAGAAGAAGUUGACAGAGGUAGUUCAACUCCCAUUAGAGGCAGCUCAUACUUUUGCAGCCUUGGGAGUACUGGCGCCAAAGGGUGUUCUUUUGUAUGGACCACCAGGAUGUUCCAAAACACUUACAGCAAAGGCUUUAGCAACUGAGUCUGGACUUAACUUUUUAGCCGUGAAAGGUCCUGAAAUCUUUAAUAAAUACGUUGGUGAAUCUGAAAGAACCAUUCGUGAGAUUUUCCGUAAGGCCAGAGCUGCAUCUCCAUCGAUUAUUUUCUUUGAUGAAAUCGAUGCGAUAUCCGGUGAUAGAGAAUCUGCAUCGACUUCAGCCUCGCUGCAUGUUUUAACCUCGUUAUUGAAUGAAAUCGAUGGUGUUGAAGAGUUGAAGGGAGUUGUCAUUGUUGCUGCCACCAACAGACCCACUGAGAUUGAUCCAGCAUUACUUAGACCGGGGAGACUUGAUAGACAUAUUUAUGUUGCUCCACCUGAUUAUGAGGCAAGACUUCAAAUCUUGACUAAUGGAUGUCGUAAAUUCAACUUGAAUACAAGCCAAGACGCAGUGGAUUUAGAACAAAUUGCCCAAAUCACCGAUGGAUGUUCUGGGGCUGAAGUUGCCUUGUUAUGUCAAGAGGCCGGUCUUGCUGCCGUGAUGGAGAAUAAGGAAGCCACCAAUGUGGAAAAGAGACACUUUGAACAUGCAUUGACAGGGAUUUCCAGAGGUAUCACUGAGGAAAUGUUGGACUAUUAUAGAGAAUUUGCAGGAAGAAGCGGAUUAAAGAUUUAAAACAGAAAUCAAUACAGUCACUAAAUAAAUAAAAAUUGUAUUAUAUAUGUAUGUAUUAGGAAAUUUGAAGUACACAUUAGAACUAAA